CAAAUGAUACUACUAUGUGUCCUUAGUACCAUCAAUGGUACUACCGAUACUAGCACGUGUCGCUAGUACCAUUGCAUCGAAAUCAUACAAAAAAUAUAUACAUAUAAUAGGGGUUUAAUAGUAAAUAAAUAAUUCCAACAAUUCAUUGAGGAAAAAACCUUCUUGGCUGUUUCCGCUACGUUUAAGUGCUAGAUUAAAUCCUGGCCACUUCAAAGAUUACAAUCUUCUUUUAAAUAACUCAUUGGAAAGCAUCUUGUCUUUUGCCGUAAACAAAUGAUUACAUUGACAUUAUAAGUAAAUGUAUUAAUUGUGGGAUGGAUUAUGUGUUUUUAAUUAAAAAAAACGUAUUCAAUUCUAAACCUAAGGGAUAAAAUGGAUAUUAGUAAUGAAAAACCAAAUGUGAGCAGUGACCAAAAUGAUAUAAAAAUAGUCGCUCGUGGACGCGGCAAAGUGUUACUCUACAACGGCCACCAAUAUUAUUUCCACGUGCGGUAUAAAAACAACAAUUGUUUGUGGAGAUGUAAAAAUUACAAAACCUUUAACUGUACUGGAUCCGUUACGAUUACCCAGGAUCAGUCAAAGUUGGUACAACAAAGGCAGCAUUCAGAGAACUGUUUACCAGACGAAAAUGAAAACAUUAUGUGUAUUAUCACAAGCUCAAGCUUAGACAGAGCAGCAUCAAAUGUCGAAGAGACAGUACCUGCGGUUUACAGAACUACCAUAGCAUCAAUGAAAGAUACAGGACUACACUUGAUUAAGAAAUUACCCACGUAUAACAAAUACAAAUGCAAAGCAUACAGAAGAAGAAGGAAAUUGGCAGGAGUUGAGAAGAUGGCAUACAAUGACAUGAAAGAAGUUGAAGUGCCUCCAGAUGACUUCCUUCUUGCUGAUUACCGUGAUGGCAACGAUCGUAUCCUGAUUUUUGCUCUAAAAGAAGCGAGGGAAAUUGUGCUUAACGGAAAAGUGUUCUUAUGUGACGGGACCUUCAAGAAUUGCUUGAAACCGUUCUAUGAGCUUUAUGUACUUUUUUGUGAUAUAGGCAGCACCGCAAAUGAAAAUAAUGUGAUUCCUGUAAUAUACGCACUCCUACCGAAUAAGAAACAGAAGACUUAUUUGAUUAUUGUCUGGCACGAGGAGGGCACUGGCACUAAUAAUAUGCAGUCGUUCAGCACGCUGGCACGCUACCGCUGGACUGGCAUAAAACUACACGACGCCACAGCUUUAUCAGGGGCCCAAUUCUGCUAA